GCUCACACAAAGACCAGGGGGGUGCAUCGGCAUUAGCACAAUCACCCUCACACAUGGACACAUGCAGUCAGCACCACUGCACUCAUCUGUUGAACCGAGGGGGGUUUAAAAAGAGAGAGGGGGAAUGGAUAGGGAUAGAGGAUGGAGGCAAGGUAAACAGAAAAGGUUAGACAGGAGGUAAAAAUAAAUGAGGGGAUAAAAAAAAGAAAAGAGAACAGAACGAGAGAAAGGAAGAGAGACGGGGAAAGAUGUAAAGAGAGAGACUUGGAAGGAGAGAGUACAAAAAACAUGGGACACAGCCUAGGGAGGAGGGUGUCAGUGACAGAGACAGAGAGGGGGGGAGGGGGAGUCAGCAAGAGAGGUGCGCUCAUUCGCUCAUGAGAGCGAGUGAGAGAUAGCGAGAGAGAGAGAGCGAGGGAGAGAGCGUGUGAGCAUUUAGUCCUGCCAGAGCACAGUAGUGCAACAUCAACGGAGACGGGAUAAAGAAGCUCUGAGCGAGGGACAAGGAAAACAGAGGAAUACACUUCUGAAGAAAAACAAAGAGGGGAUGGAAUGAAAAAAGCAUCCUACUGCUGUUGGUUAUCCUGUUUCAUCCAAUUUCUGUUGGAGAAUUCCAUAAGCAAAGAAACAGAGAAAACACAUACAUGUGAUAUAUAUCUAAAAUCCCUAUACAUAUAUAUCAAAUUAUGCCUGUUUUCACAGAAGCUGCUUUUGGGGAAGGACUGUGUUGAGGUCCCUUGCAUAACAAUUGGAAGACUGCUUUAAUGUGCAGCAUUUGGUAAAACUGUUGCAUAUUAAUGCUUUUUGCAAAUGAGCGUGAUAAAAGACCACAAACAAAACAAACAGCUUUGCUGCAGUCCCAUUUUUGAAGGCUUCUUGAAAUCAGGAUUUUGCGUUGCCUUUUGUUGUCGCCUCUCCAGUUAUUUUGCCCUUGGAACAGGCUGGGGAGUUGAGGCUUGGGUGUGUUGAAUGCAUGGACCGCAUUCCACAGGCUCAGUAAUACCUUCCUGUAUUCCUAGCAGUAACGCGGCAGACAGCCUGCUCUUUAGUUGUGUCUGAAAGAGGGAGAGGUAAGUGAGGAAGACAGAAGAAAGCAGAGAGCAAGAAACAACAAAAAGCAGCAGAGAGGGAUUAUGGAGUCUUGGUAAAUAAACAAAGACAAGGAAAACAAGGAAGGGACCAAAACAAAUUAAGCAACUAACGAUUGACUACAGUAAAGAAGUGGGACACUACGCAGAAAUGUAAUUACACCCCAUGUUCGCUCAAAAGUGAGCUUCUCAUAAAUUUAGACUAGGGAGGACUGGACUAGACUCCACAGGCUAGGGGGAUUUUUCAGCACGCUGCCCUUGUCAUUCCCUUAUCCCCUGCUUGGUAGCACUUGUGGGGUUCUAGUUGUCUGGCAGCAGAGCUGUAUUGGUGACCCCAUCUUUUUAGAAUCCCUCUCAGGUGUGGUGUGGAGCCGAUCCGACAGCACCAAGAGAAACCCACAACAACAGAGUGACUGGACCCCCAUCCCUCUAAACCCAUUAAGCCAAACUGACACUGACGGAGCGCUGUCGCCUAUGGAUUUGAAUGUGUGUGUGUGUCUGUGAGAUUGUGUGCGUGAGCGUGUGUGAGAAAGGCUGCCUGCCUCAGGUGCUGAGGACUGCUUUUAAAUCUGGACUAAAUCAUAAUUUCAGUUUAGAUCUCAUAGGACAAUAUUGAAGAACUGCAGGCUGUGCUUCGCUAGAGGGGGUGGAAACAAAAACCAACAUACUUUUUUUCUGGCAUAAUAUAAUAUUGAAGACCAAUUGUAGAAUAGCAUCUAACUGUAAUUGCACAUCUGGAAAGGAAAUGAAUGAGAGCAUCAUGUUCCACUUAACAAAGGGAUUAAAAAUGGCUACAAGAAAAAUAACAAAGAAUCAAAUGAACAUUCAGUUGGAGACCAGGCAGUUGCUCGAGGCAAGAUAAUCUGAGAGGUGAAUAUCAACAAUUCCCAAAUUUAUAGAUUAUGACAAGUGGAUUAUCUAGAAGUUCCAGUACUUUGACGUUUCCCACGUUUCCCCCACGUUUCCCUCACGUUUCCCCCACAGGGCAAUUAUCAAAAUCUGUGUGUCCCUCUCCUAAAUGAAGACAUUUACAGAAAGGAGCUUGGAUCCUUAAGGACUCUGCUUUUCCGCUGGCGCUGUUGGGAUUCCAAAUCUCUCUGGUUUACGGAUAACACUUUUCCUAUUGGAGGCAGAAUUUUUUUAAAUGCCACUGGCCAGUUCAUUUCUGGGUGACACCUCCUAAACUGGAGGUGCUCCAGAUUUCAGAUCUGCUAUUGACAUUUGGCAGAAAAGGGCGGUAUUUUCGCAACGCUGCCAGAACUGUGUCUGAGUCUGGGACUGAAUCACUGGGGACUCAUUCGUGAGGAGCAGGUUGAGAUUCGAGGUUAGUUUGUUUCACUUACUUGCUCAUCCCCCUUCUUGAUGGCAAUUUAUUACUUCACACUGAGCCUCCUGUAACUGAGUACCGUAAUAACUCUCAGCAAGGUAAUUGAAAGCUCUUAUUCUUUCAGGCAGCUGCUAUGAAUAUAGGCUAAUCCAUAAGCUCUCAACUCCUUUUCAAAUCUCUAGUGUGUGAAAUACCUAAAAGGCUAUUUUUCCAUGUCAGUUUUUUUGGGCCAGUAAGAAGCCUGCAUUUAUGAAGUUGGUGUUUAUUGGCCUGCAACAGCUUUGAGACACUUCAGCAACUGAACAGAAGCAGCAUCCAAAGGUAUCAAACAUGGCUGCCCAUUCUGUGCUCAUCUGUCUCGCCUUCAGCUUUCUGCUGGGCUUCACUUCACUGGGCCAGAACUCUAGAGAGGCUGGGGCCGAUGCCCAGGCCACCAACCAGACGGCAGCCACCUCUGAUUCUCUGGAGGCUACGUUGGCCACUCCGGUAGCGGAGGACCAGACCAUCCCAAUGAUAGGCAGCCGCUGCCGAGGCUACUACGACGUCAUGGGCCAAUGGGACCCACCGUUCAACUGCAACGCGGGCGUCUACCUGUUCUGCUGCGGCUCCUGCUUUUACCGCUUCUGCUGCCAGUUCAAGGUGCACAGCCUGGAGCAGGAGUCCUGCUCCAACUACGACACGCCCGUCUGGGCCAACACCGGCAAGCCGGCGGCACCCGUCACUGAGGUGCAGGAGGAGCCCGACCGAGACCGCACCCACAUGAUCGUCUACAUCAUCUGUGGCGUGGUGGCCAUCAUGGUGCUGGUGGGCAUCUUCACCAAGCUGGGCCUGGAGAAGAGCAGAGGUGGCCAGACAGACAUGACCAACUCUAGGGCCUUGACAGAGUUGUUGAAGCAGCCCGGAGAAGUGGGUGGAGUGGACGGGACUGGGGGACACCACCCCAUAGGGACCAAUGGGAUCUCUGGCAGGUCACUGCGCAGCAACAACGAUCACAACCACCUGAAUAACGCUGCCCUCUCACCCCUGGGUCCAGCGAUGGCGCUCUCCCACCCUCACAACAACCUUGGUCUGGGCUUUAACAAGUGCGCCUCCCUCAAGGCUGUGGGGGUUUGGCCACUGGAUAACAGAGCUCUUACUGUAUCUGAACAAAGGAGGACAUUGUUGAGGUCUCUGGGGGUACCAGCAGAUACGGCAGCAAGAGACUACUACAAGGGCUACCCGAUGGUGGACUACUCCCGCCAUCACUCCUCACCCCCCACCUUCCAGCCCAUCGCCUUUCACAAGGACAAGCCCUUCCUGCCCCCUCCAGACAUCCACGCCCCACUGGCCAUAACCAUCAACACCGCCCAGCUCCCCAAGCCCAAGAUCUCCAAGACUAACACCCACCCGCUUGCCUCCAGCUCAGCCUUCAAAGUCUGGGACCCCAGUAAGGGCCAUGUCCAGCAUCCAACAGCCUCCCACAUCGGGCAGGCACAGCAGCAGCAUCCGCAGCAUCCGCAGCAUCCUCAGCAUCAGCAGCAUCCACAACAUCAACAACAUCAACAACAUCAACAGCAGUUACAUCAACAGCAGUUACAUCAACAGCAGUUACAUCAACAGCCCAACAGCCGCCGGCAGGCCUACUCCAACAAGCGGCAGUUCAGCAUUGAGACGCUCCCGGAACUCUUCUCCCAGCCCCUGGGCUAUGGACAGUCGCCCCACAUGCACCCCAAAAACAAGGGGCUGCCCACCAACAGCAAGACAGAGGUCACAGUCUGAGCAUGAACGUUUGGAGAACAGGAGAGCAAGAAAAGAGUCUAUAGGACUGGGAGUAAGGCCUGGGAGCGAGAGCUUUUUGUACGAAUCAACGUCGUGUUGAUGGCUGGGGGGGAUGAACAGGGACAGGCAAUCUUCUUUUGCUAUUUUAAUUGCAGGUUUUCUUUGUUAUUGAUAAUGUAACACCCAAAACGGAAGGUAACGAUCACGAAGUGACUUGCUAUCUCUAGACCUGGAUCCUUUAAAUUCCCUCUCUGUCCCAGCGUCCUCCCUGUUUUGUUUUGGUCAAUCUCCUCUUUGCUCCCCCUGGCACCACUACUUUACAAAUCCGUACCCCCCCACACACUUACACACUCUCCUACUGUUUGCAGCCUGUCAGAGUGGUACACAUGGGUAAAGCACCUCCAGGACCCUGAACAACAGCAGUGACAAUGCCAUUGUCUUGUCAGCUCCCAUCACCCUCCAUCCAGAACAGAGUGAGAUAUCAUUCUGGCAAAUUUGUACCAGCGAGAGAGAGGGAGAGGAAGAGAGAGAAACAGCGGGAAAGGAGGUGCUUGUUUAUUCAUCCUGAAUGUAAGGGAUGAGGAACUAAGCCGGACAGAGGUUUGGUGCGGCAAGCACCUCCUGUUCGUCACCUGCUGGAGAAGAGCCCUGAAGCGUCAGACCCCCUGGUCGUUAAAACUGGGGAAUCUCACACAGUGGUUGACGCAUGCAUCGGAGAGGGCAAACAGCACAGGUAUCAGCAAGGUCACCACAGUCGUGUUAAAUGGAACUGUCUGUGUUAGUGAAGCUUCAGCAGAGGCCAGAUGCAAAUCGCAAGGGACAAUAGGCGCCUGCAAGAGGGCAGGACAGGUCACCGUGUCUGUCCUGGGUAAUAUGGUGCCAAAGGCAAUGCAAGGAUGGGAAGUGUGGGAAGUUGUAGUUGUGAAGUAAAGGUCAUUGCUUUUUUAUUUUAUCUUAGCUUUGGCUUGCUGUUGAAGAAUCUAUCCAAACAUGAAUGCACGAAGGUCAGGAAGGAAGGAAAAUCAUACACAAGAGUAUUUUAUUAAAGAAUGUCUUCCAGACUGGCAGCAAUUCAUGUGAUGCAUGCAUAUAUUAUUGUAAUAUUAAAAUAGGCUUUAAUAUGAUAAUUUUGUUGAAUGCAGGUGUAUGGUUCAUCUAUAUGUAUAAUGAGUCACUUUAAAUGCAGCUGGGUUGAAGCUAGUGGCUAAACAUAGACAUUACAGUAAGUCUUUCCAAACCACAAGGAUUAUUUCCAAUAGUCAAGCUACUGGAGAACAAGCAACUCCUCUUGGCUUGUUAUCAUUUUAUACUUGACCGCAAGGUACAAUAUUUGCAUGGAAAUCUGAUACGUCUAAGUUCACACAAGCGCCGUCCUUCACCGUACGUUUCAGUGAACUCUCCUGCAAUUUAGCCCAAGCCUCAAGCUUAAUUUAUUAUCAUAAGUAAACAGGUUACGCCGCAGUGCAUACCUACGCCCAGCGUAUUCCAGACAGGUGGAACCGUAUCAACGGAUGGCAGCCAGUCAGUCGUGUUUACUCGAGUCAUUCACCAUUUGCUGCUACUGUAGCUCCUCCCCACCAACCAGCUUCCAGCCUGUUCCUGAGCUCCACCAGACCCCCUUUCCUCGGCUCUCCCUUUCCCCAGUGGGCUUGACUUAUGGUGGGAGCCUCCAGCAUCCAACCCCUGCAUGGUCUUCCAAGCUGUUCCCAGCCAGGGGACACCAUGCCUCCUCACAGGGGGUGCAGCCAUAACUAAUGAUACCCAAUCCCCAGCAUGGCAGGCCCUCACACACUCUCACACGCUAGGCAUGCAUGGAGUGGAGCAGGGCUUUCACACUGUUAAAUGAUUUGGAGAUUCAUUCGGCUGCUAUUGUCGAGCCAUUCUGUGUUAUGGACAGACACCAAGUGGUUUCACUGUAGCCUAUGCAGCAGCAUGAUAUGGAAUAUAGGACAUUUUAAUUGAUUUAAACUACGUGCAGCCGAUGGAGUCAUUCAUGUUGGAAUUGGCUGUUGGAGACAAUUACGGGUCAAUGCUUGUUACAUUUCAUAUGGGAUUUGAAUUAUCCGUCCACGGUUCAUACUUCAGGAUUUCUAAAGCUGUUAUGUGAUCUACAUAAGACCCACUUGGAGUUGUUGUUGUUUUUAUGAUAUGGUUGAAUAAAAAGUAAAUCAGAAAUGGAAAAGUGUUGGGAUAUGCACAGUACAAAUGUGCAUCAUGCACAUCUGCACUCAUAGCUACCGUAUGUAACAUGCACGGUCAACAUUUAGCUUUCUCCAACUUAACAGCCCAGCCAUAUAAAGUAUUCUAUGGACUCUCUCCUUUAUCAUUCAGGAUGCAUUACUGGUUGUGAACAAGCAAUGUAUGUGUGCAAGUAACAAGCAAUAUGUUCUGUCUGCAAAGCAAUAAGUACCCAUCUAUCUGCAAACCCUCUCUGGUGUCUGACUUUGGACCAUUCCGGAGUCCUUUAAAUGUGGGGAGCUGAGGUGGAAGCAGAGCUGCAUGGACCCAGAUUUUUUGUUGUUGUUGCAAUCUCAGGCUCUUCUGAAAGAUAUUUAGGACUAUUUUCUCAGAAACCAGACCACUGAGCUUUUCACAGAGCUUAUUUGUAUUCGCUCUUCUCUCUCCUCCUGCGCUACUCCGGCAGAGGAAGUUGCAUUAGCGAAUCAGAACUCUGUCCACUCAGAAAAAAAGCUUGAUUAGCUCUCCAUGACCUUUUACUAUUGGAUGGAUACAAAUGUUAUUUUACAGACACAAUUCCAGCAAGGCCAUACUUAAGAAAACACAAACCUACAAGCAGUUAUCAGGGCUGGCCUGCAAGAGUGGACACCUCUGAAACCCCAUCUGAGCUCUACAGGCUGCAGGCACUAGGAUAGUGUUGCUAAUGCUAGCUGAACGAUACUGACGUUGUGACACAUGGAUCCUUCAGGCUCCAGGGAGUCUCCAUGAGGAGGGUGAGCCUCUGUGAGGCCUCAAGGACAAACACAGCCUGGGGCCAAGCUGACAGCUAGCGAGGCACCAGGAUGUCGCCAGGCUAACGCCUUGGCUUGCCUCCUAUAGUAGAACGAAGUACUGUAAUUGGCUGAGAUUUCACCUUAAUAUCCCUCUUCUUCCCAUCCUAGUGCUGAGCGAAUGUUGACCCGCAGGUAUAUCUGACUCAUGGGAGACAAACACUGCUGACUGUUCGAAACAGUGACACCCUCCUUGAGUAUCAUUUACCCGGUGAAGGGCCUUUUUGGCCCACAGGUAUGCCAGAGUCUUUUUGCCGCAGGCCUCCGUACAGUGAAUCCUACACCAAUACUGUCACAGUGAGCCCGCUGGUUUUGGAUUGCCUCAGACUGUGUUGGACAGUCGAAAGUGAAUUAAAGCUGUCAAAGGCUUACUGGCCCAAAGUUUUGCCUCAGUUUCUCAACACUGGACGAUGUAAAUAAUACACCACAGCAGGACAGAGGAGCCAUGUAUAUCUCACAGUCGCCCAUUCUGUGGUUGUAGGUGCUGGACCAAAAUAAUUCUUAUCAUGAAGAAUUAAGUACACGUAACUGAUAGCACACAGCGGGAAUGUCAGACUGUGGACCAUCAGCUUAGUGUGCAUACUCAAUCUCUACUGAUUACACUGUAUAUACGGCACCCUAAAAGAGCUGAAUGACUGUUCUUUGUAAAACUUCCUUAAACGCAACUAUUCUACAACAGGUUAUCUGAAUGCAACCUGGUAGACAUACUUGGGUUUCAUCCUUAGCAAUAUAUUGUGUAUGAUUUUUUUGUACUGUAUUCGGAUUUGAAGUUCUUUCAAAAAAGUAGCGUUUGAUUGAUGAGAGAUGAAGUGCUUUCAGAUUCGAAACUGGCCACGCACUCCUUCCCAACAGAAAAUGUCCUGUGUUUGAAGCUUGUGCUUUUUCGGAUACUAUGUAUGGUACAUACACUCAUGUAUUCAUGUGAAAAAUGCAUUGUAUUCAAGUGCUUUGGCAACACAUUAGUUAACGAAUGACGAUUGAAGAUUUGUGAUUCCUGUGCAGCUUAUAUCUGCAAAUCAUGUGGUUCCAUACUUUUGGUAGUAGACUACCUUUGAUUGCUAUGUAUUUGUGUAUAUAUAUUGUACCACUUGUCUGCUGUAAAAAUUGUUAAAUACUUGUUUUAUAUAAGGGCUUUUUAUAGACUUAAACAAGAAAAACACAUCUUUCUCUCAUUUUGCGUUGAGUGGAGCGCUACCAGUGUUUGGGUCACCCAGAUUGCGGUGUCCAAAUUAAUUUGUUCUGACAUCUCCGAUUUGGCUGAAUCCGUUUCUCUGGGUUGUUAGCUGGCAGAAGCGUUUUAGACCCCUUGAGUAUGUGAAGUUAUCUGACAACAUGCGAGGCUAAGGAGGGGAGGCCUACUCCUCGUUCUAUCAGCUAAAAGUCCCCCCUUCCCACUACUCCACUCUGUAAAGCAGGGCAAAUACUGGUACUCUUUUUAAUCUUAACCUUACGAGGGGGCCCAGUAUCAGCAAGAUUUCUUUACCAAUAAGCCACCAUACCAACCUCUUCCCCAGCACCAUGAAACAGUAUCAGUGGGUGCGUAAACCCUUAAGACAAGAUACCAUAGGGAGGAUUUUAAUUGACGUCCUUAACCAAGCAUCUAUCAAGUACCUUUGCAAUACCUGUAGACUUGGUAAAUAAAAUAGCCCAAUUAUAAAUGUAAAAUGGGAUUGUUUUAAAUGAAAUUGUCAUCUAAUUUGAUUUAUAUUCAAGGUCCAUGGCUUUUAAAUGAAUCCGAAAAUUGGUUUGGACACCUCUUAAUAUGCCCAGGCUGUCUAGAUAGAACGGAGAUACAAGGUAAUUAAGGUGCUGGAACAUUGCAUGUUUUGACCAGAAAUUAUAUUAAUUUAGCUGACGGGCCUGUACUAAUUAUACUGCCCUGACAUCUAAAAAUAAUCCUUGUUGUUGCAGGUGUUCUUAUGUUCUCUGUUUACAUGUGGUUUUGAUUAUGCAGUUCUUUAUUCAUAGAUAAAGGCCAUGAGAAAUGGAGCUAAAAAUGUAUAUUUAAUGUCUAGACAAAUGUGUAGGCCUACAUGAUGUGAAUAAAUGUGUACACACAAACACACAUGCACUCAGUACAGUACACACUGACACAGUAAAUACAAUUCCAGAAGAACAGGCAAGACAAAUGAAAAGCAUAUUUUGUGUUCAUUUGGAGGCUAUCAUCCAUAUUGUAUAAGGAAGACAGGCACUGUCAACAGAAAAAAAAAAUGUUGAAGUCCAACCCUUUGGUCUGGGCAUGUUCUCCAUGAGUUCAGCAUUUAUCUGGGCAUCCCUUUCUCCUAGUGCCCUGCAUUUGUUUUGUUCUGCCACCCCAUCCCCACGGUGACCUAGGCCAGCUGUCACUGAUGUUUGACUUCAUUUAUGUGUCUCCAGGGUCUGGACUGACUCCAUCAGAGAGAGCAAAGAGCCAAAUGCCACAAACCACAUCCCUCUCUCACAUCCUCCCACUCCAGUAAUGGACAACCUGAGGCAAUGUCCUGAAUUAGGAAUGUUAAAUGUUCAGGUUAAAAAGACUGAAAUACAUAGCAGCACACUCCUACUAUAGAGCGUUAAUAUAACUACACUAAAGGUUUACAGGAUGUUGUAUUUGGGCAGCAGAUCAGUUGAUAGGAUUGUUCCAAUGAGCUCCUUCCACAAAGACAGAGGGACAUUGAUAUGAGGGAAAUUAAAAAUCCCUCCCACCCCACCUUUACGCUUCAGUUCUAUGCAGAUUCAAUCGGUCUCAUAAAGACACACUCAUAGCAUCAACAGGGUCCUUUCAUUCCCUAGCUGUUUACUUACAUUUUAAAAGAGGUUAUCAUUGAUGAUGACGACAAUGAUGAAGAUUGUUUCCAUUUUUACAGCACUAAUUACAAUAAUAUUUGAGGAAGAGUCAAGGUCAAAGUUAUUGCCUGGCUUUUUAACCAUCUCUUUUUAGAGGAAACCUUACUAAGUGUUCUUUGUAUGAACUUGAUAAAAAAUGUAAAUGGUCAGAGAAA